CUGGCUCUGGGAACGGUGGCUGAGGAGUUACCGAAAUGCCAACAAGGUCCUUCCCUGGUCACGUGACCUGAUCACAUGACCUGAUGCCGUCUCUCCUUGCCUCCCGACCACAGCUGGGCGAGCGACGGUCUCCGCAAGUCAGCUGAGCAUCCUCCCAGCUCCCCGCAACACGCACAGGACAUCUUGUGCAAGUCUCCUCCCCCUACCAUCUCAUCUACAAGCAUCUGAAUACAAGGAUAGCAGGCUCCCGCAACCAACCUCACGUCAGUUCUGCAAGGGCUGGAGCGAGUCGCAGGGCGAUAACGUCAGGAGUUUGAACUGUGAGGGAGAGGGGGGAUUACGUCGUCAGAGAAUUCUGAUCGGAAAAGCUCCACGGCCUCAAUCACUGCAAUCCUGCCCUUGGAGAAGGUCACAUUGAGAAUUUUUUUACCCCCAAUGAAAGGACUUCGUUAGUUGGAUUGCUGCAAAUUACAAGUGUUGGGAGGAAGAGGGAAUAGUUGUCGUGGCAGAGCCACAUAUCUGAGACGUCGUCUGUAUGCAUCGCUGCGACGCCUCAUCCUUGAGGAAGGUUACAAUCGUGGGGGUUUAUCUACCAUCAGCUGUCCGUGAUUGAGAUGCAGCGGAGCAGCCUGCCGCUCUGAGCUGCCCGGAUAUUCCACCAGUCUGCUCAGCUGAGCCAUCGCUGCAUGGAGUCGCCGGCAAAAUUACCGGGGCAACAAGAUUUGUGGCUGACGGGAAUGAGUUUUGGGAUGACAUUACGGAGAGCUGUAAUCCCACUGUGAAUUCAGCGCCCAUUAUUGAGGAACGCCGCAUCAAUUAUUCAUUACCCCACACUCACUGCAGGCUGCGUUCUCAAUCCCCAAACCCAACAUGGAGAACGAAUUCUCAAAGUCGGAGAAGCUGGGCUUGGUGGAUCGGGAGGGGAACCGCUCCUACACACAACCCCAGCCUGAACUAGACGGAGAGCUGAAGAAGGACCCGGAAAAGGACAUUGAUACGACAAAACCAAUCAAACCUCCCAAAGACGUGGUACCGGAUCUCUCCCCUACCACCCAACUUGCACAUGACUAUGAGAACGCACUGCAAGAGGCAGGCUUCGGGAGGUACCAGUGGACAUUGUUUGCUGCCCUGGGCUUGGGACUGGCGGCAGACGGAGUGGAAAUAUUCGUGGUUGGAUUCGUUCUGCCCAGUGCUGAGCGUGACCUCUGUCUCACUGACCAGAGGAAAGGAUGGCUAGGUGGCAUCAUCUUUCUGGGCAUGAUGAUAGGUGCAAUCAUCUGGGGCAGUGUUUCGGACAAGUUGGGGAGGAAAAUGACGCUACUCAUCGCUCUCGGCACCAACGCACUCUUCGCCCUGAUCUCAGCCUUCUCCACGGGAUACGGCUUCUUCAUGUUCUGUCGCCUCUUCAGUGGGAUAGGGAUUGGAGGUUCCAUACCCAUCAUCUUUGCCUACUAUAGCGAGUUCCUCCCCACUAACAAGCGAGGCGAGCACCUGAGCUGGCUGUGUCUGUUCUGGAUGGCAGGAGGCGUCUACGCUUCCGGCUUCGCAUGGGCCAUCAUCCCUCAUGCAGGUUGGGCCCUGAGCAUGUCAGGUAUCCACAGCUGGCGGGUGUACGUGUUUGUGUGCUCCAUCCCCUGUGUCCUCUCCUUCAUAUCACUCUUCUUCAUGCACGAAAGUCCACGCUUCCUUCUGGAGGUUAACCAGCAUGAUGAGGCUAUCAAAAUCCUGAAGAAGGUUCACGACGUCAACCAUCGCUUCCAGGAGGAGCUGGUCUAUCAGGUGACCAAGAUUGAUCUGCCCCCGCCAAAGAAUGACGAGUCAACGUUUGUGGAGAUCACAGAAGACACGACAACGUCCGCGGGAAGGUGGUUCGUCAGGGUCAAGACUUUCAUCGUCCCUGCCAUGAAGAACAACUUGGAGCUGUUUAAGAAGGACUAUCGCCGCACCACUCUCCUCCUGCUGGCUGUGUGGAUCUCACUCGCUUUUGGGUACUUUGGGCUGAUCGUGUGGUUCCCAGAAAUGAUCAAACAUAUCCAGAUCCAGCGUUACCUGGGCGAGACGGACCAACUGUACGACCAGUCCGUGUCCAACAUUAACGUCACCAAGAACUUCCAGAACCGCGCGUACUACAACAGCAACUUCACCAACGUGUGCUUCGACAGCCUGAACAUCAAACACGUGACAUUCUCCAACUGUCUCUUCACAAACUGUUCCUUCAACAAGGUGUCGUCCAGCGAGCUUUUCUUCAAGGACAGCAGAAUCAGCAACACGGUCUUCAACUACACAGACUUCUUCGACUACAAGUUCAUACGCACCGUCCUGGACAACUCCUUUUUCUACAACCUGCGGAAAGGCUGUCGUCUGGACUUUGCCGAGAACUACAGCGCGUACUGGAUGUAUUUCGUGGCGUUCGUCGGGACGUUGGCAGUCUUGCCGGGCAACAUCUUCUCCGCACUCAUGAUGGACCGGAUAGGGAGGCUGUACAUGCUGGUUGGGUCCAUGGCGAUCUCGGCGGUGAGCGUGUUCUUCAUCUGGGUGGGCAACUCGGAGUCGAACAUCGUGGGGAUGUCCUGUCUGUUCAACGGAGUCACGAUCAUGGCCUGGAACUCACUGGACGUCAUCACAACAGAGCUGUACCCCACCGGGAAAAGGUCGACUGCGUUUGGUCUGCUGAACGCCAUGUCCCGUAUCGGAGCGGUGAUCGCCAACGUGCUGUUUGGCCAGAUGAUCGGCAUCAACAAGGCGGUUCCCAUCCUCCUGACCGCCGCCAUUCUGGGAUCCGGCGCGGCCGCCGCCUGGAAACUACCCGACACGAAAAACGUGGCUCUGACGUGACGUAAUCGUUGCUGCUAGUCCACCACUCAUCCGGCCCAGAGUCUUGCCAAGAAUCAAAUAAGUAAGAAAGUUUAAUAAGAGGAUUAUCGUCUGUGCUUUCUGUUUUUAUUUAGGAUCCUUGUGAUCUGAAAAAAGAAGAUUGUGCAAAAUUACAACAUUUCUGCCAAAAGAGAGCUAUGAUUUUGUUUGACAAGUCUUCAUGAUCACUGCAUGAUUCAGAGAUUAUGUAUUCUAAUAUGACUAGUAAAUCUGUUUUGUGACAGUCAGGUUUUCAUAGAAACUCUUUUGUAACCUCCAAACAUGGGUUCCAAAGUCAGCUAUCCAAGACACCAAGACGUGAUGUGUUCUUCCCUUGUUGCCGUGGUUUCUCUAGGGUUGACCAAUGGAAAUGCAAGUUUCCAAGAGUGUAACUUAGAACUAGAAUAUUUGAACCAAUGAAUGUGAAGCUGAUAAUCGACCAAUCAGGCAAGCCAAAACAAAAAAGUAAUACAAAUGUAUUGUGUAAACUGAUUGUUUAUUGGGUGAAGAAAUAUAUACAUAUAUAAAUAGAUAGAUGAGUAGAUAGCUGUAUUGUACAUAAGAAAAGAGCUUAUUAUAUUGGUGCUCUUGAUGUAUAACUUAAGAGAUACAUUCGGUUUGGGAUGAUAAACUGUCAAUUGUGACAUUGCUUGAACUGGUGCUGGGAAAUAUCAUGAAGACACUUGAUCAAGUAUUUUCAACUUUCUAUGCCAAUACUCACAAGUUUAGUGACCUUUUCCUUUGCUCAAAGCUGCAAAGUUCUUAUCUGCUAUUUUUCUGGUAAUAUUUUCAAACAAGCUCAAUACUAUAAAGCAGGCCUUGCCCCAGAGGUGUUGCCAAAAACAUCUAACUGGAGCAAUGUCACCAGUCUAAGCUUUGUCACCAUAGAUGGUAGAUCCUCUCAAAAUGCUGUGUAUCUUUUUUUACAUGCACUAAGUGAAGAGUUAUAGUCAAGUGUGUCACUGAGCACAUAUAAAGUGGUGCUAGCUUAGAUCGGAGAGCUGUGGUCGUGAAAGCUUGGUACGACUGAAUUCUAAGUGUAUAUAGUUGUUGUAUUGUCCACACCCCUCGUACAGACUUGUGUGAUCUGUUGACUGAGGUUCCAGUGAUGUAUGUAGUGGUAUGGGAGCAGCGUUUUCCCGUUUUUAGAAAGAUUUCCUCCAUGUCUAUAUUGCUGCGCAGUGAUAGAGUCCUGUAUAUGGUAGAUGAAAGUGUUUAUGAUAUGCUGUGAAAUUAAGAUGUGAAAUUAAGGGUCCUUGUAAGAUGUAACUCAGUGGACAGUAUGCUGAAGACAUCAUCUCUAUUGUUAUUCAGCCUAUAAUGGAAGAAAAAAUAACAAUUGCUGAAGACAUGCAGCUAUAUGAUAUGUAAGUACGUACAUUCAAUUUCUGCAGCAACAACCUGUUCCAGUAUCAGUUUGCCCGAUGUAUUGGGCAGAUAGGCAACAUUCUUUCAAGUUUUGACCCCUCCCCAAAUACAUUUUAUAGAUGGACUGAAGGAAUAGUGAAUUUCAAUGUCUGUAAUAAUGAUGUCAGUCAUCAUGUGAUCCAGGGAAUUGCAUAAUCAGGCAACUUUAAUUCGUGAGUUUUUCCAGUACAGUGCUAGAAAAUGAGAUAAAAACUUCUGAGUAAGUUUGAUUCCUCCCCACUGUAUCCCAACAUGGGAGUAUGGUCUAAUUGUACUCCAACAUGGCACUAGGAUAUCAUGUUACCCCAGGAUUUGUCUGUAUGGGUUUGCAAUAUGGUAUCAACCAUGUGUCAGGUAUUUGUUGAGAGUACUGGGCUAAACCAACAUUCAACAUAGGGAUGCUGGUAGAUCAUUCUAAGGGGUGGCAAAGUCGUUGUUAUAAUGUGCUUGAGUCUAGUGACACUUUGUUCUAAUUCAAAAAGAUUUUGCAAUAAUUGCAAUGAAGGAAAAGCCUUCAGUGCACCAAUAUGUGGUACUACUUAAGAGCCAUGUCCCUUAGACUACUAGUAUCUCAUAGAACUGUUGUAAAGCAAGAAGUUUACAUGGAGCUUGGUUGAACUAUGGUUAGCUGUGACGCUCUGUAGGCAUUAUGUUUUACUGUUGAUGUGGUAUUCUGUAUACAUGCAAGAACGCCGUUUCUUUCUCUUCACUUCAAGUUAUUUUGUGCAUCUCAGUUUUUUGCCGUGUGCUCUUUGGGUUUGACUUUUGAGCAAAUCCAUUUAGCAGCCAAUGAUUGGUGACAGAGUUUUAGCACUUGAUGGAAGAAUAGAAUUGUUAUCUGUAUGUGUGACAUUAUUAAGGCAGAAGCCAAGUGAAGUGGACAAAAAGUGUUCAUGAGAAUAAGGGAAAAAAUACUUUAUUGUACAGAAGUAGAUGUAAUGUUCAAUAUGGUGAAAUCAGUGUUUCCUACUUGUUUUAGGUUGUUUUAAUGGUUUGGUUAUUUUGAUGUAGAAUGAUAUUUUUGGCAAUCAGAGUGAUAAAUGUUGAAAUGUGUUUUCACCAGUCAGUUCUAGGAAAAUGCACGAAGCAAUGUGACUACUAGAGAAAGUGCUACGAAAAUGCUUGUUAUUAGCACAGAAUACCCAGAGCUUUAAAAAGGAUGUGUAUGUUUAAGUAACAAUAGGGAUUGAAAGGAAUGAGAACAGGGAAUGACACCCAAGUUGUAAAGCUUUUGUGGUCUGGAAAAAAAAAUGAAAUGAAACCACUACUUUAGAAUGUAGAUAACAGCAAAUGUAGGACAAUGUGUCUGAACUGAAAUCUUGUAUAAUUUGUAGUCACUUCUGUGAGACGUUGUGGGACAACAUUUCUGUAUGUGUAGGUGUAACAAUAAAGUAUAGUGAUGUCAAAGUGUGGAGUGUG